AUGGCUUUAUACACUUGCGAAAUUUGCCAAGAAGAUUUCGUCUCCGUUUUGAAUUUAAAAAUUCACGUAAAAGAAGCACAUAGGCAGUGUAGUAUGUGUGGCGUUGUGCAAUUAAGUAGGCAUGCGCUUAAUUUCCACAUGCUAGUAGCACACAAUAAAGAAAAAAAUGUUGGUGGAAAAAAAUCCCAACUAAAGAUAGUGCGGAAACAACAAAACGGUGGAAAAUCCAAAGAAAAUAUGCAGAAAGAAGAUAAACAAUGGAAACAAGCACAGGCCCAACACCACGAACAAAUCGAAAAUGACUUGGAUCUGGAUGAGAUGGCUUACUACUUGAAUAAAUUAGAUCAAAUUCUAAGAAAACUACAUCCAGAAAACCAGAGAGAAGAACAACAAGCACUGAUCCAACAACAUAUUUUUAAUGGAAAUGUUCCUUCGACUUCGAGAGCUGCUCUACAACAACAACAACAACAUCAGGAACAGCAGUUCCUAGGAAAUCAACCUAUUCAACCACAGGCCCAACAACAAGAUUUGAAUGAAGAUAUACCAUCAAGAUCGAGAGCUGCCCAAGACAAAGUUUGUAAAUGCUGCAAUAUUGGAGUACCCGUUAGAAAGUGGUAUACCCACUUGAAAACCAAUGCCCAUAAACGUAAUAGCAUUGCGAUGAGAGCUCAAUUCAUAAAACAAACCAGCAGCGAUUUUAAAAAUCGGUUGGCUAAAUAUGAAUAUUCAACCAUUAAAGAAACUCUGAAUAUUAACAAUUUUCUCUCCGGAGGUAUAGAUUGCAUAGAGAAUCUUAUUAUGGAAAGUUUAGCGGAGCAUAUUUGCGUGAAAUUUAAUUUUCAAUUACAAGCACAAUAUACCAAACUUUGCAGUGAUGAAUGGAAAAAAACAAUUAUGCAUCACACCUCCAAAAUGUCGCAAAUAACAAGAAGCGACUCUAUUGAAAAUGUGGUUAGCUGCCAUGUAGAGGAAAUUAAAACUAAAAUGUCAGAGUUUCAGGAAAGAGAUUCUGGAUGGGCUUUAGUCAAUAUUGAAAAACUCUACAUUAACAUAAAUAAAUGUACAGUUUUAAGAGGCUCCCAAUAUAUAAAAACACCGAAAAAAUUAGCAGAUAGACGCGCUUGCUGCAAUAUUCUUAAUGACGAUGAAUAUUGCUUUAAGUGGUGUAUGGUAGCAGCCUUAACAACACCAAAGCCAAGAAACCCAACAAGAACAUCCUCGUACCCUGUGGAUAUCAAACAGAAUAUAAUAACUUUGACAAACGGUGUAAGUCUCAACUUCAAUGGAUUGAAUUUUCCCAUGGCCCUUAGAGACAUAAUCAUAUUCGAAAAAAACAACCCAAAUAUAAGUGUAAAUGUUUUGGGAUAUGAAGUCAAAACAGAUCAUGUUGUUGGGCCGUACUACAUUACCCAAAUGGAAAAGGAGACCCACGUGAACUUGUUGUUGCUGGAAAAUAAUGAGAGAGAGCAUUAUGUGUUAGUAAGAGACACGUCAAGACUUUUACAUAGGCAGGUUACAUCAAACGCAAAUAAAUUGUACUUCUGCAACCAGUGUUUCCAGCACACCAGGAACCCCAACAUGAUGGAUCAUCAUAAGCGAGAAUGUGGAAGAGUUGUAACAUAUCUCCCUGAGGAAGCCAACAAGUUCAUGGAGUUUUCCAACUCUAAAAAGACAAUGGACGUUCCAUUUUCAAUUUACGCAGAUUUUGAAUGCGUACUUGAAAAUGUUAACGACAGUAAUAGUAAAUCCCUAAGUAAGCACAUUCCAUGUGCUUUUAGUUAUAAUAUUAAAUGUAGUUUUGAUGAUAGGUUAGACAAAUUUAAUAUUUAUACGGGAGAAGAUGCUGCCGAGGUUUUUGUUAAAAGCAUCGAUCAGGAGUGUAGGUUUAUUUACGAAAAUUAUUUAAGUCUAAAUACCCCUAUGACAUCAUUAUCACCCUCUGAGGAGUUCAAUUUUCAAGUAGCUCAAAACUGCCAUGUAUGUGAGAAAUUAUUAGGUAGUGAUAGGGUUCGUGAUCACUGUCACAUCACUGGAAAAUACAGAGGACCUGCCCAUAAUAAAUGUAAUUUAGAGCACACUGUACCAACAUUUAUACCCAUUUUCUUUCACAACUUUUCGGCUUAUGAUUGUCACUUAUUUGUGAAAGACCUCCUUAAAAAUAUUCCUGGUAAUACAACAGUACUGCCAGAAAAUAAGGAGCGAUACAUUGCCCUAUCCCAUAAAGUAUAUUUAGGUGGCGGAAAAAUUUUAGAGUAUAGAUUUUUAGACUCCCUCAGGUUUAUGGCGGCAAGUUUAGAUUCUCUAGCAAACAAUCUGGCGGGAGAUACUAUGAAGUCAGUUAGGUCACAUUUUCCAAGCGAUAGGGAAUUUAAUUUAAUGAGGAAAAAGGGCGUAUUUUGCUACGAAUACCUGACUUCGUUUGAUAAACUAGCCGAAACACGACUCCCUCCCAUUGAGGCUUUCUUUAGCAAAUUGUAUAACAAAAAAUGUAGCAGCGAAGAUUAUACGCAUGCCAAAGAAGUAUGGCAUACAUUUAAUUGUGGUACUUUACAGGACUAUAUGGAAUUGUAUUUAAAAACAGAUGUUCUACUACUUACUGAUGUUUUUGAAAAUUUCCGACGUUUGUGUAAAAAAGUCCACAAAUUAGAUCCAUGCCAGUACUAUACAGCACCAGGUCUAUCUUUUGAUGCUAUGCUUCGGAACACUAACAUAAGCUUAGAGCUGUUUACCGAUUUAGAUAUGUACAAUUUUAUUAAGAAUGCUAUUCGAGGAGGAAUAACUCAGUGUUCUAGAAGACAUACGAAAGCAAAUAAUAGGUACCUAAGCGAUUUCAAUCCAUUACUUCUUUCUACCUUCCUUAUGUAUUUUGAUGUCAACAAUCUAUAUGGGGCCGCUAUGAUGCGUUUUCUCCCAUGUGGCGACUUUAAAUGGCUUAAGGAAAAUGAAAUUAUUAGUGAUGUACAAAGAAUUCUGGACUUUGUUGAUGACUCCCCCAUAGGUUACAUUUAUGAAGUUGAUUUGGAUUAUCCAGAUCACUUACAUGAUCAUCAUAAUGAUCUACCUUUUGCUGCGGAAAAUAAAAAAAUCGGUGGAGCUAAAUACAAAAAGCUGGUUGCCGAUCUUACACCAAAGCGAAAUUAUACCACUCAUUAUUUGGUAUUGAAGCAAUGCCUUGAGAAUGGUUUAAUUUUAAAAAAGGUCCACCGAGUUUUAGAAUUUAGACAAGAACCGUGGCUUGCUCCAUUUGUUAACACUAACACAGAUGAGAGGAAAAAAGCAACGAAUCCGUUUGAAAAAGAUUUUUUCAAGCUACUGAAUAACUCGGUAUACGGCAAAACGAUGGAAAACGUCGAUAAUAGAAAAGACGUAAAACUUGUAACCGAAUGGGAGUAUUCAAAUAAGAAAAAAAUUGGUUUGGAAAGACUUAUAUCCAAACCAAACUUUAAUAGUUUGUCUCAAUUUUCAAAUGAAUUUUGGGCUGUUCAAAUGGACCGCACUAAAGUAAUCUAUGAUAAGCCAAUAUACGUUGGAUUUUGUAUAUUAGAAAUAGCAAAAUUAAUCAUGUAUGAUUUUCACUAUAAUUACAUGAAAAAGAAAUUUGGUGAAAGGUGUCAGUUAAAUUAUAUGGAUACUGAUUCCUUUAUUUACACUAUUUCUUCCGAGGAUUUCUAUGCAGAAAUAAAAGACGAUGUAGAAAAAUAUUUCGAUACUUCAAAUUAUGAUGCAAAUAAUCCGUUUGGAUUUCCUCUAAAAAAUAAAAAAGAAAUGGGUUACAUGAAAGAUGAAAAUGGAGGUACAUUGAUGUCAGAAUUUGUUGGCCUAGGACCGAAAAUGUAUUCGUACAAAUUAGAUGAAGGUAGCGAAAUAAAUAAGGCCAAAGGGGUGAAAAAAUGUGUCAUAGAGGGUUAUUCUCUUGAAAAUUAUAAGGAAUGUCUUUUGAACGGCAUAAAACCUACUGGCAGCAUGUUGUCAUUCCGAUCUAAACUUCAUAAUAUUUAUACGGAUAAGUUAACCAAAGUAGUUUUAAGUCCCUUAGACACAAAAAGAAAAAUCAGGGAAGAUAAAAUUAAUACAUAUGCAUGGGGCCAUUAUAAAAUGGCAACCGAAAACAACUUACAGAGCAUAAGUAUAGAUUAUACAACGGAAAUGGAUGUAGACAAUAUCGAAUCUUAUAGUGAUAACGAUUUAAGGGACCUGCUUGACUACCUUAAUAUGUAA